GCGGCGGCUCUCGCACGGUGCCGCUGUCAGGUAGCCGGAGCGGCCCUCGCCCCGCCCCCCCCGGGGCCCCGCUCCCGUCGGGGAUCGCGCUUCGCCCCGGCCCGACGCCACUGGAGAGCGGGGCGGCCUGUCGGGGUUUUCCCCCGGCGCCGGGCGCUGCCGCAACCGCCGGUCAUGAAAAUGAGUUGCACAAUUGAGAAAGCCCUCGCAGAUGCAAAAGCACUGGUGGAACGGCUAAGGGAACAUGACAAUGCUGCAGAAGCUCUUAUUGAACAGACAACAGCUCUCAACAAACGGGUGGAAGCAAUGAAACAGUACCAAGAAGAAAUUCAAGAGCUUAAUGAAGUAGCAAGACAUCGUCCUCGGUCUACAUUAGUAAUGGGUAUCCAGCAGGAAAACAGACAGAUUAGGGAAUUGCAACAGGAGAAUAAAGAAUUACGCACAUCUCUUGAAGAACAUCAGUCUGCUUUGGAACUCAUAAUGAGCAAAUACAGAGAACAGAUGUUUAGGUUGCUUAUGGCGAGCAAGAAGGAUGAUCCAAGUAUAAUAAUGAAGUUAAAAGAGCAACAUUCCAAGGAACUGCAAGUGCAUGUGGACCAAAUUACAGAAAUGGCAGCAGUAAUGAGAAAAGCCAUUGAAAUUGAUGAAAAGCACGGCUGUAAAGAGCAGGAACGUAUUAUUCAGCUUGAACAAGAAAACAAAGGCUUGAGAGAAAUUCUUCAGAUAACUAGAGAAUCAUUCCUGAACCUCAAGAAAGAAGAUGCAUCAGAGAGUACAUCUCUAUCAGGAUUAGUAACAAGCAGCGAUUUGAGCCUGAGGAAAAGCUAAAGACUCUGAAAAUCAGAAAGCUUCAAUUGCACAUUUUACAAAUGGAGUAUCAGGGGUCACUUGUCAAGCACUUGUUACUGAAUAGGGCACCAGCAAGCUAAUGCGUCUUAAAUUUCAGUUUAGUGGAUUUUAUAUUAUGUGAAAUAAAUUAAAAUUGCUAUUCUACAAAAAUCUUACUGAUAGAUUAAAUUGCCAUAGAUCUAACUUCAAAAGGAAAUGAAAUAAUGCACUUACUGAAUUGGAAAUUAUUUUUAUAUGAAGUCAUUUAACAGAUAAAUGCUAAGUUUUCACAUAAUUUAUAUAAAUUACUGCUUAUACAAAAUUUCAAUGCAGCUAUGAUAAAAUAAAGGCAAGAUUUAAAGCCAAAUCUGUAUGGCUCAAGUAGUAACAAUGAGCAUGCUUUUUGCACUAUCCACAUUACAUUUUCUUCUUUCUUGAAUUGGCAUUUUUCAGUAAACUUGUUUAAUGGAAAGGGUACAUAUUGCAACAUAAAACCUAAGGACUUCUGUUUUAUUAGCCACAAGGUAUCCUAUUCAAAUGCAAGGGCAGCUGUAAGAAACAUAAGCAAUGCUUUUGCCAUUAUUCAAUAUAUAUUUUUAAAACCUUGAAUGAGAUUCUUUAGAAUAAAUAUACUUAACUGUAUUUUCAAAACAUCAGAAGAGCUGCUCCCAUCCUGUUCUUUAUUGCUUUCCGGAACACAGGUGGCAUAGUAUAGUUUUGCCCUAACUGUUCCCUUCCAGAGAAAACUGGAAAGCUCAGUUCUCUGUAGGCAAAGAAUCACAUUAGUCCCAUCAGUUUUAUCUCCAAUUGUCUGCUCAAAUUUCCUAAGUUAGAAACAGCAAUUUGAAAAAUGCCCAAACUUUAGCAGCAGAAAGGUAUUUAGGAGAAGGAGGCAGAAGCUCUAUGGUGAAGUUGACAGCCUGAGUGCCCAACACCAAUACUAUUAAUUUCUCUUUCAUAAGUACUAAAUAGUCUUCAAGAAGAUUUUUAGGUAAGUUUCAAGUGCAUGUUAUGUUUUCGCUAGGAGAAGUUUCAGUGUGCUAUAUUGACAACAGACUGCUCAUUUUUAAUCCUGAAAUACUUGCAGAAGUGAAAAGAAGUUGGCACCAUUGACCAAGUUGUAGUUUUUACUGUAUGGAUAUACUAGAAAGUGCUACAUAAGACAGGUUUGCAGUAAAGAGGUGCUGAAAUAAUUCAUAUUUGGCUUUUGUUUUGUCAGAUUAUUUCUGUUCCAUGUUCAAAACAGAAAAAAAAAUUCCUGACUAAUAACGAUUUAUAUCAUCACUUUUUGUUUAGCAUGCUUAUGUAUUUUCAAUUAGGACUGUAUUUCCAAAGAAGUGCAGUGAAAGCUUUCUUACCACAGAAAAUUGUUGAUGCACAAGUGACAUCCACAGCUGAAUAUUCUGGCUGCCUAAUAACUCACCUGUCAAAAUAAGUUGGACUCUCUCUGAAAUUAAUUUUCAUUUAAUCAAAAUUGAUUUUUCAGUUGCAACAAUGCAUUGUUGCAAUUAACAUGAAAAGGAGGAAAAAAAAUCUUUUUUUUCCUCUUUCUCUUGGAUAAAUUAAGCAAACAAUUUUAAGGUGUGUCAGUUUAAAAUAUAACUUCCUUUGACUCAGUAUAACUUUCUUAGGCUCAAGAUAAAUACACCACAAGGUCUAAGAUUGAAUUUUUAUCUCCUCAGGAACUAAUUCACAGGAAACUUAACAUUUUUGUUCUGGUGCUGUUAACUGCAGUGUUGCCCCCCCCCCCCCCAGUGCUUUUAAGAGAAACAAGUGAAGGACAGUGUUUAGUAGAGGCAGUAAACACCAGUUUUUGAUCAACUGAUGCGUGUAUUGGGAAGCGCUGUUGUAAUAAGACCUCAGAAAGGACAGCUGUAAAUCAAGCUCUCCAAAUUUCUCCAGCAAAUUUUACAGUUAGAGAGACUGCUAUUUCUCCUUCCAAAAAAUCUUGGCUUGUUUCUAGGUUUAAGACUAUAUUAAGGACAUUCAUGCACAUGAAAAAAGUUUUCACCAUUUUCCUUUAAAUAUUUGCUAAAAUUUCUUAGGGGAAAUUUUGGGAGACCAUUCUAGCUCAAGCCCAAAAUCUCCUUGUCUGCUAUGACUACUGUAAAACUUUCCCAAUACUUAUGUAAUUUAAAUUUUGCAUUUCUACUGUAGCUUUCAAGCUGGUGACUUAUCAGAAGUGACAUCUUUUUUUUUCAGAGGUGUGUGUUUUCUUGUUGCAAACUUGAGAGAAAUUUUGUUUUCAAUUUAAGGGGUGUUUUUUGUUUGUUUGUGUUAAGUGUCUUUUCAGCCAUUGACUAGUAUCAAAGAUGUAUCCGUUUUAUGCUGAAUGCAGUUUCAUGGCUGACUUUCUGGUUUGUCUUUCAAAUGCAAUCUCUAGAGUUGUACAGCAGAGAAGGGUUGUUAAUCUGUGGCAGUUUUUUAAGGUUGCUCUAUUAGGAAAUAAUGCUUGAUUAGUGUUUAUUUUUGUAAAUUAAAAAAAAAAAAGUGACUUAAUUUAUCUACUCCUUGUCUUCACAUGUUUGAUAUGUCUCCCCUUUCAUUCCCCUGACCCUGAUCAGUUUAGGAUUUUAAAGAACCUUCACAUUGUGUGGAGUGACUAUUUUUCAUUGCGUACCUGUUAUUUUUGUAAUGCUGAUGGCUUGAAAAAAAAAAUCUAUGGCUACCAAUUGUGUACUGUACAGGAAACUUAUUUUAUCAAUAAAGUUGACUAAAAAUUU